AUGGUACAACUGUAUACCAUAACUGUUUUACUGCUACAAAUUUCAGGAGGGUGGGGAAGUCGUAAACUCACCAUAGUGGCACCUGCAGACUGUGGGUACACAGGCAGACUUGUGAAAGCUACCAAAAUAGGAGAGAAUUCAGUCUUCUACAUAGCUCCUCUUCAGGAUGAGUUAGACACUAGUCCCUUGCCUCCAUCUUCUGAAACUUUCCGUAACAUGCCAAAGGCAGUGUGCAAGAAAUGCAACAGAUCAUACCCCGUUCAAGUCCUAACUAGUCAUGUUAAGUCAUGUCCUGAUGUUGUUACAUUGGAUGAUGAUGAAGAAGCACAGGAUGAAGCCCAAGAUGAGGAAAGGGAGUACAGUGACAACAAUGAAGUCAUGAAAAAUGAACAGGCUGUUUGUCCUAUAUGUCAAGACAAAAUGCCCCUUGACAUCUUGGAGGUUCAUGCCAGUGAAUGUGGGGAAAGAACAAUUGAUAAUACAAUGAAUGAUACAACCGAAUUGACAUUCAUGGACAAUGAAAUUAAAAACAGCACUCAAGUGACAUAUUUGAAUGAUGGCCUCAGAAGAGCUUUUGUUCAUGUUCUGUUUCACGGAUCAUCUGAUACAGCCACUUUGCAAUUGGAGGACUGUCCUGAUAUUGAUGUACGAGAGACCAUCAGCUUUCUCAAUGGACAAGUUCCAUUGACCGAGGACCAAUACAGUAAAGUCUUAGAACUUUGUUUGGCUUGGGAUCUUCCUGGUCCAACAGAAGAAAACAGAAGGUGGCUUUACGAGCGUCUGCUGUCACAUGCGGUUCUUGGGAGAAGAACACGCCAAAUGAAACAAAUCAAGCAGGGACUUAAAGACACUUUUGUUUGGCCCCUUCUUACUGACAGGAAGGAUGUAGUGUUAUUCCCCAAGGAAUCUGAGGACCUAUGCACCCCUGAGAUGCUACUUUCAUGUAUUGCCUGGCCUAACAAAAGCAAUAAUGAUGAUGAUGAUGAUGAUGACGAGUACCCAGCUGCUACUAAGGAAAGGAUUGCAGGAUUUUUAAAGCAGUUCAUCGAGUCAGGAUCCAGCAAGGAUCUUAAAAACCUUUUGCGGUUUUGGGUCGGAUGGGAGCGGACUGAAAAAAACAUGGCUGUGGAAAUUGUAAAAAGUGAUCUCCCAAGAUCCUCCACCUGCUUUUGCAUUCUUCGGCUACCAGGCCACUACACCGAGUUCCACUCCUUUUCAAAAGACUUGAUCAUGUGCAUUGGUGUUUGCAAGUAUGGUUUUGGGCUUGUGUAAUUUUUAGAUGCACAGUUUAACAUAACGCUCCACUGAAAGACUGUUAUCUAUGUUGUUACUGCAUUUAUCUUCUCAGGUUGUUGUUGAAGUACUUUGUUCUACUAAGUACUUAUUAUGUUUAAUAACAGUGAAAAUCCAGUUUACUAAGGAUUUAAAUGUUAAAAUUCUUGCA